UUAUUAUUAAUAUUUCUAUCCCUUGUAUUUCACUCAGGCAUGUGGUGCAGCUCAUUAAAUACCAGCGAGCCUUCAAAGUUUCCUCAAGAAAGCUCCACAGAUUCAUAUCUGUCGUAUGGCGGUGGAAAGCUGCCAUCGGGUUUCAUUCUUCAACACAAUUUCCAACAAAACCCAAACAGAAAUCUGCUGGUACCCCAGCCUCAAAUUCAGUACUACCCUUGGGGUAAUCCGACACAAGCGAUGAAUUAUAGAUUCCCAUAUGCGUCUUACAUGGAUCCAAUCCACGGGCAUAUGCCUUAUACACCUCAUCCACAACAGCUGCUUCCAAACGCCGUAAGUCAAAGUUAUUUUCGUUUGAAAGCACCUUGCGAGCUUCCACUACCCAUACAAAUUGUGCCCUUGUCCUUCGUGAUUCUCAGAAUCAUUUCGUCAGUUUGACAUCGUGAUCCGAAUCCUUCUAAACCAAAACUCAGCGCGCAAGUUUUCAAGGUUGAGAAAGAAAUUGUUCUAGAACUAGGGCUGAAUUUCGAGUGCACCCGUUUCAGUGGCUAACAAACACACUCACCGCAUCCUCUAUUCCGAAGUGUACAAGAUCGAUGGAUCAACCCACAGCAUAAUCGACUCAACGGUUGAAAGAAUAUCUCAUUAUAUUAACUGUGAGUUCUAGGAGCGAAAGUAGUCAACGUAACAUAUGAUAUACUCUCAUAUGAAUACAAGGCCAGGGUAAAGUAUUCCAUUAGUUUUUCAGACAUUUUAAUGCUGAAGUAUUGGUUUUGUCUUGACAAUUCAAGCUUGUAGAACUUUACAUUUUUGUUCAAAACAGGGAAAAAGCGUCAUUGUCACCAAAUACAACAAUGCACUUCAAGAUAAUGAGUUCCUGGACGAGGAGAUGGAAGAGCAAAAGAAGCGAAACAGUUUACUUAUGCAGCGUAUUUCAGAAAUACAGAAAGAAUUGAAAACAGUGAAGGAAAGCACUGCUAAACUCUACAAUGAAUGCCGGUCCGUCGAUGAAACAUGUGAAAGAUUUUCCAAGCAGCUCGACGAGGAGAAAAGAAAAUUGUUGGAGACUAUCGAAAGAAAGAGAAGCGACAUUUCAAAGGUUAAAGUUGAUGCUGAGUUGGUGGCAGCUCUGCGAGAGGAGAAAGACAGAUCUCUUUUGGAAAUUGCGCGUCUCCGUGACGACGUCAUUGAUGCGGACAUUGACGUUGAUAAUCUAACGAUUGAAUACCAGUAUGAACUUGGUAAAAUGGUUAUAUUUCCCUUCUGGAAGCUGGAAGAGGAAAUUGAUAAAGUUCUUCCUCAUUGUGGUAGAGGAUCCUGUGUUGAGGAGAGCAGAAAAGAGCGAGCUGCAGACACAAAUGGUGGCCGUUUCUGUCAAGAAAGGGUAAGUCAGAUUAUUUCCCGUCCACGAAAAUCGCUUGCGCGACAGUGGACUCCUGCUAAUAAAACAAAGAUGAUGUUCACAUUUUUAAGAUAACUCAUUGAAAGAAGAUUGGUCGAAACUUAACAAAACGAUCACAAAGAGAAUUUUCCGCCUGUACUGACUUACUGUUAAGUUAUUGGUACUUGUUUUAAAUGGUUAAAACUGAAUAUUAGCUGGAUUUUGUUGUAAAAGGUGACACCUGAAUGACUAUUUUUCUUCUUUCUUUAACAGUUCGCACCAGGCUCUAAUGAGAGCUCAGAGCAAACCACGUUGAACGACAGUUUGGAAAGAAACUCGGCAGAAAAUUCUAAAGAACUGUUAGGGAAAAGCUCCCAAGAAAGCUCACAAAAUGAUGAAACAUCAGUUACAUCACAAGUAACCGUCAUAAAAGUUAACAUUCCGGUGGAACACAGUCACUCUGUCGACAAAAGUUCAACAAUCAAUGAGUCUGCCUCGAACCAGUUCAGUCCGCCAUCUACUGAUGAUGUUUGCGUGGAAACUGGAAGUAAAUAUGUUGAAGAUUUGUCAUUUCCUCACAGCAAAGCUCAAACAAAACCGGGAAAGAAGGUAGGUGGUUGCACAUGCUUAUGCGCUGCCUUUAGGUUUAUAUCACUAAUUCUGUAUCUUACUGGUCUUUUAAAAUUAAACCCCUUAGAUAGGUUUUUUUUUUCAUCUUGAAAAACUGUUCUGAUCUCGAAAUCGCCGAAUUUCACCGAUGGUCACGGUGGUUUGAUAUAUCCUAGGACCUUGUUGGAUGGCCUGGAUACUACCAUUUAUAUUUUAGACCCAAGUAUGGUUGUUCUAGAUCUGUAAAUAUUUCAUGCGAUUAACCACUCGGUGGAAUUUUCUCUUAUAGUUAAAAUAAAAUUCUAGCUCAUAGGACAGCUCCUCCCAUGUUUGUUUCCUUCAGAUGUACCCUAACAUGUUCUCUUUUACUUGCCUUUAACAGAUUCGUAAAACCGGUCGCUUUUCUCGAUGGCUACGGAGCCUCUGCUGCAUAUCGAAAAGAAACAAGAACCAAUGA